UUUACAUCGCUUGGUGUGUGGGAGUCUGUUGUUACACUUUUAACCAUAUAACAUUUGUUAAUCACGUAAUGACGCUGAACAACGUUGAGACUAGUGGUGGUUUGGUCCGGGCUAUGUACUGGAGACGAAAACAUGUCCAAGGGACGUCUCGUGUGUACCCAUCAUCUUGACCAGAAUGAAUGUGGGUGUGGCACACAGUGAGGUGAACCCAAAUACUCGGGUUAUGAACAGUCGAGGGAUCUGGUUGACCUAUGCCCUUGGUGUUGGAAUACUUCACAUUGUGCUCUUGAGCAUACCCUUCUUCAGCGUGCCAGUGGUGUGGACUCUAACUAACGUUAUACACAACUUUGGAAUGUAUGUCUUUAUGCAUGCAGUGAAAGGCACACCUUUCGAGACACCUGACCAAGGAAAAGCCAGACUUCUUACACAUUGGGAACAGCUUGACUACGGCGUGCAGUUCACUUCAUCUAGAAAGUUUUUCACCAUCUCCCCAAUCAUUCUAUACUUCUUGGCAAGUUUCUACACAAAGUAUGACACAGCACACUUUGUCAUAAACACUGCCUCACUUUUGAGCGUCCUGAUCCCCAAGCUGCCACAACUACACGGAGUGAGGAUUUUCGGCAUCAACAAGUAUUAAGUUAUUGUAAAUGCUGUGCCUCAUAGCAACAGAAGUUAAUUCCUGUGUAGUCUGUACCGCUGAUGUGUGUACUAAGUCAUACAGUUUGUGUAAACGUCACAGUCUUCAUUUAGAUAUCAGGUUUAAGAUGAAAUGUUUAAAACAAAAAAAAGCAGGUUUAGGUCUGUAGAUGACAGGAUGCCAUAUGCAUAACUAACUUAUGUGAAUAUUUAAUGAUGUAUUUUUGGCCUGCAUAGACCUGGGCUGGCCCAGGCAUCAGUGAGGCUUUUGGUUAAUUUCUUUUCUUUGCCCUUAAUUCACAUGGCAACACAAAUUGUGUAUGGGUCUGUUUCUAGCCACAAAGAUGUCCCAAAUGUAUUUUUCAAAGAUGUUUACUUCCUAAGGGUAGGGCCUUGUGGCUCACUGUUUAUUGGUACACUCUCAUUUUGUAUUGGGUGUCAAUCCUCUUCGUGCUGAGCGAAGAAUGGAAUCAUACUCUUUAUUUGCACGAUUUCCUUGGUAUGUGAAUCAUUUCUUGUUUGUAACUCAAUCAAAACAGGGCAGGCUUUUUUUCAUUGUACAGUUUUUUUUGGUGAAUGUUAUGCCCUGUGUGUUAAAGAACAAGUCAUGUGUGUAGAAAUGAGACAAAAUACUGUUGUCUGAUUAAGUGUUUACUGAGGGAGGUCUAUCCUGUCUCUGUGAUCAACUUACAUUCAUGUAGCUGCUCUCUUUAGAUGAUGACUUUUGCUACCAUCAAAGCAGCUAGUCCUGCUUUGUUUGGCCAUAGCCCUUGAUAUUUCUUGUUCUUAAUCUUAUUAAAAUGUUUGUGCCCUCAAA